AGCUUUCUUGUUACCACACAGGUUUGUAAAGGGAAAAGAACAAUUCAUGAAACCUUGGAUUCUUAAGCUGAUCAGUUUGAAACCUGCUUUGCACAUUAUUUCAAAUAGUUGUUCAUUCCAAAACAGAAAGCAAGCGGGUUAAAAACGUUGCAAGUUACUUUCAGUUUCACUUACUUGUAAAGAAGUGCCUUUCGACGGAGCAAAUCUAGCUGAGAAGCCAUGGCAGAAGGGAGUCAGAAGCAGGAGAUGGAAGCUGAUAAUAUGAUAGAUCGUGCAGAGACUGUGGACACCAGCUCCGGAGAUCUACUGCUUAGCAUUCAAUUACCACGGCAACUUCAGGGGAAAGAAAAGAAAAUGAAGAUCAGGAUCUCUCAAGAUGCCUUAGGUUCACGUCUGUGUGAGGAAAUUGCAAACCGUUUACCGAAUAUCAAAGCGGAGAAUAUGCAAUUGACAUAUAAAGGGAAGAAGUUGUGUUUGAAAAAGACCCUUGGUGAACAAGAUGUGAAGAACAAGGGGGUUUUUCAGUUCACUCAGAUUAAUGAGGAUGAAAGAAAGCACACGGCCUUUAUCUCCAGAAUUAUGAAAGGUGCAGAACUGUUGGCGAAGCGAGAUUUUGAAGAGAAAUACUUAAACGCAACAGACCACAGAGUAGAAGCUAUUGAUCUCCCUGAAGAUGAAAAAGCAGUUUUUCUGGCGGCCUUGAUUCUGCAAGAGCUUGGUCGAUGGAAUAUGAAGAGAAAGGAUUAUGACAAAGCACUGUUAUUUCUAGAAAAUGCGGAAACUGAAUUCAGGCAAUGUAGAGAGGAGCUGAUCAACAGCAUUGACAAUUAUGGAGUGCUGAAUCUGGACAUAACCUGGUGUUAUCUUCAGCUGCACAACAGUCAGUAUCAUGCAAAGGCCAGAGAAAGGCUAGAAAAUGCUGAGAAGUGUUUCAAAAUGGCCUUCGGAGAAAAUCAGGAACGUCUUAAAGAACUGAAGGACAAGAGUGGAAGACAUAGGAUACUGUCCCUACGGCUUCUGGUGCUUUGGGGUGUGUGGUUCUUUCAUAGCCAAAAUUUGAAGCAAUCCUGGAAUGACUUUUGCAAGGCAGAAGAGCAGUUGGAUCAGCUGUCGGUGGAUGAUCUUUCAGUGUCCAUUCUUGUGAAUGAAGGAUACGAGACCAGGGAAGCCCGUCUUGCAUUGCGAGCCACUGACGGUAACAUUGAGGAGGCCAAGUCAUACAUUGCAGAAAAGAGGCAGGAAAAGAUAGCAGCAGAAAGAAGAAGAGAAAGACUCCGCGGGCUGGUUGACAGGGACCAUUCAGAACAAGCUUCGCCUGAGAGGAAUGGGACAUCUGAUCAGAUAAACCAGGAGCCACCUGUCAAUACCAAUCCCACACCAGUUGUUGGAUCAAGCCUUCCGCCUCCUGCUGGUGAAACCUCGUCGCUUCCUGCUGCUGAAACCUCAUCAUCUCCUGCUGGUGAAACCUCAUCGUCAAUCACAACACCAGCUGCCUCUGCACCAACAGGUGCCCAAAGUAAUGCUGAGGAAGAUAAGUUAUUGGGAGAAAUCCUGACAUACCUGCCAAACGAUAUUGAUGACUACAUCGAUCUGUCCCUGGAGGACGAGGAAGCCAUUGUCCGUGAAUACAAGGCCAAGUUGAAUGCCUGUCUCAGAGAACGACACACCAGCUAAAAGUUCAUCAGAUGCUGAUGGAAGUCACAGCGAGUGACCCCACGUGUAUCAUGAGAUGUGACAGCCAACAAAAAUCUACAGAUUCCGACAUCCCCUCAUACAGUCAAGCACCACCCCACCAAAAGAGACAAAGAUGGCCAUCAGGGAGAUGAGAAGGUGCUUCAUGGGCCAAUCAAUCCAAUAGAUGUGAUUGGGAGACAAUAGAAAAUAUAAAUAAUAUAAAUGAA